AAAAAUCGUUAAUUGAAAUGUCCUACGUUGACCCUACGUAAUGGCUAAAUUGCUUUGCACGAUAUGGGCGUUGAUGUUGAACAGCUUAGACGUGUCCAUUUUCAAAACGUGUUUCGCCAAUGCUAUGGAAGAUGAUUUUGGCGAACCAUUGAUCACAGGACCACCGAUAACUAGUUUCCUCUUUGCUGCUGGAGUCUACGUCAUCGUGGCACAAUCGACACUAUUUCCUCAAUCCUUUCGCAAACCUAAUCCAAUGUUACUUUGCAUUUACGAGUUUCUUACGACAGCAUUCUUUCUGGAGUUCUCGAUCGCCUGCAUUUGGACACCCAUCGAUGUGCUCAUGUUAACUACUCUACCCAAGGCCAUUUGCCACACACUUCAAGAUUAUGGAUACAACGAGGUCGCCGAAACCUUCGUAGCCAACAAAUCGUCUAUGGCUGCGCUUAGCUACGGAACUUCUAUAACCUUUUUUCUAUUAGCAUUGCACGUUACUAAAACUGUCGACUAUACUAUACUUACAGAUUGCGGACUUACUUACUUCGGUUCUCAUUUGAAAAAUAAACUGUGGCAACAAAUACAAAGCGAACUUCCAAAAUCGAAGCAGAUUAAAAGAUGUCCUUGUAAACCUCGAAGGAAUAAUCGUAGCAAGAGUCGUGGCAAGGAUUAUAAAUUAUAAAUGAAGAACAAAAAUCCGUUGAUAACAUUUAAAUAAAUGACAAAGUUUUUACCCCGGAAAUGUGGAUGAUUUUUAAUUACCUUUUCAAACUAUUUUCUAUUCUCUUUCAUUUUCUCUUUCACACACUCUCUCUCUCACUCUCUUUUCUUUUUUUUUUUUAUGAAAAAGAAGGCAUUUAUUUCAUCCGAACUGAAAUGUAAAGUACAAAUUGUAUAGAUAAUAUAGUGGUAAUAAUAUAAUAAUUAAUCGUUAAUAAUAAAUAUUAAUUCAAUUAAUCAUACGGUAGAUUGUUUUUGUUUUCUUUUUCUUUUCCAUGUGUAAUGCGUUUUUACAUACGUCUAUAUAUUUGUACGAUUUAAAAUAUAUACACGUAUAUUAUUACACGCACGAAUUUGUUUGCUCUCAAUUUGUGGUCUGUCUCUGUUUGGUUUCGAGUGUAUAGUUGUAUAUUAUCGCAUGUGUGUGUGUGUGUGUGUAUUUGUAUAUAGGUGUAUAUCGUAAUUGUACUAAAGGGAGUGUGUUAGACGUGUGUCGGUGGCAGCAUUACAUUAUGUAAUUUAAUGAAUUUAUAUAUUACAAUGAUUUCUUCGUCUCGCCGACGGACGGCCGCAAAUUAUAACUCUCGAUUACUUUUCUUAUAUUUUUUUCUUGUUUUUUUUUUCUGUUUUUUUUUCUUUCUAUUAUUUCUUUCCCUAUUCUCUUGGAACCUUUCCACGGCUUUGGGCCCGCACAUGACACAGCUUCUUUCUCGUCGGCUGCGUAUUUUUUCUUUUUCUUUUUUUAUUUUCAAACGUGUGUCCUCAUUUAUCAUUCGUUCAUCUAACUUUUCAUUUUCAUCUUCAUGCUCAUGUUCAUGUUCAUGUUCAUCUUCAUCUUCUACUUUUUUUUCCUAUUCGUAAGCACGAUUAGGCAGUGCAAUGAAAUUUUUUUUACCGGAUAUGUAGAAUGGCCGUUAAGACUUUGCUCUCUCUCUCUCUCUUUUUUCUUUUUUCUUUUUUUUCUUUUAUUUAACGCAGAUAUGAUUGAGUAUUAUAUCGAGUCAAACCGUCAGAUUUAUCUCGCGAAUGUGAAUAAUAAUGGGGAAUGUGAGGAGGGGGAAAUUUUCGAUACGAUGUUAAAAAGGGAUGUGUUUGGAAAAAAAUGACAUUUGUGCGCGGGGACCAAAAAUGGGCAAGGUUCGAUCGAAAACAAUUCAGGGGAAAUUCGGGAUUUCGUUUUACUAUAAUUGGAACAAUUAUAUUUUCACGAAGGAACGUCAUGUUGUUUACUUUUAUUACGGCCUCUUUCUUACUUUUCCUUUUAUCGAAUUAAAUCUUGAUCUACGAUAUUUCUCUUUUUCUUUUUUUCUUUCUUUCUUCUCUUUUUUAAUUUUUGUUCCAUUUUUUCAUUUUUUUUUUUAUUUUUUGCUCUAUUUCCUAUCCGACUCAUCGUCACAUGGUGUUGCCGGCGUUACGAAAAUAAAUUCUAAAUAAACUCUAAAUUAAUUCUAAAUUAAUCUAAAUAAAUAAAUA